AUGACCCGCUACGAGGACAGGGACAGAGACGGUGGAGCUUACGGAGGAGGCGGAGGGGGAGGGGGAGGGGGAGGAGGGGGAGGAGGUCAUGAACGUUACGACAAAGGCCCCCCUGGAGGUCCCGGUGGCGGCGCUGGCGGUGAUAGAGACGGUCCCUACAAUCGGGGACGACCGCUGCAUAGACGACCGGUCACGGACUACGGGACGUCGGUAGCAAAGUGGAUGUCAAAGCGCCGCAUGAACUGGAGAGGCCAAACGCGUGACUAUCUGCGGCCCGCGCCGGGCUUCGUGAUUGAUCUUUUGCCGCCUGCCGCGUAUGCUGACAAUCCAGCAACAUCACUGCCAACAAAACACAUACACGCAUCGCUGAACAAAAUCAAACACCCCAUCAACGUGGUCAAAUGGACGCCCGAAGGCCGCCGACUCCUCACUGGGUCUUCCAGUGGGGAGUUCACCCUCUGGAACGGAAUGGGCUUCAAUUUUGAGACUAUCAUGCAGGCUCACGACUGCGCUAUCCGUGUUUGCCAGUACUCGCACUCUGGCGACUGGCUCCUCUCUGGGGAUCAAGACGGCAUCGUCAAAUACUGGCAGCCCAACUUCAACAACGUAAAGAUCCUACAGGCCCAUGGAGAGCCCAUCCGUGAUCUUAGUUUCUCCCCCACCGAUGCAAAGUUCGUCACCGCGUCCGACGACAGCACGCUCAAGAUAUGGAACUUCAACGAGGGUGUUGAGGAACGCACCCUUACCGGCCACGGUUGGGACGUGAAGAGCGUAGACUGGCACCCUACAAAGGGCCUUAUCGUCUCCGGCUCCAAAGAUCACUUAGUGAAACUCUGGGACCCCCGCACCGCGCGCUGCCUAACGACGCUCCACGGGCACAAAAACACAAUCUCCAAAUCUCUCUUCCAGCCACGCGGUGAGCUCCUCGCCACCUGCGCGCGCGACCAGACCUGCCGCAUCUUCGAUCUCCGUGCCAUGAAAGACUUCUGCGUGCUGCGCGGGCACGAAAAAGACAUCUCGACCCUUGCCUGGCACCCCAUCCACCCGGGCCUGAUCUCUACGGGUGGCAGCGAUGGCGCCAUCAACCACUAUCUCCUCGACGAAGCACCCACCGACAUCUCCUCCACCGUCAUCCAACCUGCCGCCUCAAUCCCGUACGCGCACGAGUACGCAAUCUGGAGCAUGGAGUACCACCCGCUCGGCCACAUCCUCUGCAGCGGCUCCAACGACCGCAUCACGCGCUUCUGGACCCGCCCCCGACCAGGCGAGAUCGACGGCUUCAAGGACCGCCACCACAUUGGCGACGAGGCGGCCGCAGCGAUGGGCACCUACGAUCGCAACCGCCGGCGCCACCGCCAGGAGGAGGAGGAAGAAGAGCAGGACGAGGCAGAUGCGCUCGUAGAUCAAAAGAUGCCGCUGCCUGGACAGGCUCCAAAUAUCCCGGGAUUCCCGCCAAUGCCAAUGUCGAUGCCGGGAGGCCUACCCGGGCUAGGAGACCUCACGACCCUGGCAGGAUUUUUCGGCGUACCCCCACCGCCGCCACCACCGAAUGCGCAAGGGGUGCCACCGCCGAUUCCGAUGCCGCCGAUGGGGACGUUGCCGCCAGGUCUGAUCCCACCACCACCGCCGAACUUUGGAUUGCCGGUGCUGGGGGGCGCGCCGAUGCCGGGAAUCCCAGGGUUGGGAGGGGACGGGGUGCCGAGGCCACCGCCGCCGCCAAUGGAUCCAAGGAUGAUGGCGGGGAUGAUGGCGAACGCGGGAAUGGGCAUGAAUAUGAAUAUGGGAAUGGGCAUGGAGCAUAUGGAGGAUAACAGUAACAGCAGCGGUGGAGGCGGAGGCGGAGGCGGCGGUGGGAGAGUUAGGGCGCCGCUGCCCAGCCAGAAAGAUAGCAUGAGGGAGGCCCAGGGAGGGUAUAAUCGGGGCGGGAGAAGGUAG